UAAUUCAAGGCUGCGAAGUAAACAAUCAUUUGUCAAGGAAGGAGAAACAUCUUUACGCGGUGUUGCCACUUGUCGUGAUCACAGCCCUCUCAACGAUUUAUUGUGCACAAUCUGAACCGAUAAAGCAUCGGGAAACAUGACGACGAUCUUGGAUCCUUCUCCCGUCUUCCGUCCUGACAUGGAAGGAUGUGAUCAGAAUUUCAGAAACUUCGAGGUCUCUACCCAAAGUUCAGAGGCUAACAGUCACACAGACCAGGUCCGGAACACCUACCAGCUGAUGCACACCCACCAGACUGUGGACUUUGUCAGGAGAAAGAUGGAGUACUGGUGUAAGUUGGACCAUGCCCAGAUGACCAUGUUGGAGUGUCUGGAGGAGUUGAACAACCUGGUAGAUGAGAGUGACCCUGAUGUUGAUGUUCCAAAUAUCUACCAUGCUUUCCAAACAGCAGAGAGUGUGAGGGAGAAACACCCAGACAAAGACUGGCUGCAGUUGACUGGUUUGAUCCACGAUGCUGGAAAGAUCAUGGCUAUCUGGGGAGAGCCACAGUGGUGUGUGGUGGGUGAUACCUUCCCAACCGGCUGCCUGCCCGCCGAGUCUGUCGUCUUCCGUCACAGCAGUUUCCAGGACAAUCCCGACCUGAAGGAUCCCAAGUUCAACACCAAACUUGGGAUGUACGAGGAAAACUGUGGCUUGGACAAAGUCCUUAUGUCCUGGGGCCAUGAUGAGUACAUGUACCAUGUCCUUAAGGGAAACAACACCAAGCUGCCAGAAGAGGCGCUGUACGUGAUUCGUUUCCACUCCUUCUACCCGUGGCACGGGAGCGGGGACUACGACUAUCUGUGCAACAACAAGGACAGGGAGAUGCUGGCUUGGGUCAAGGAGUUCAACAAAUUUGACCUGUACUCCAAGGCAGAUGAACUCCCUGACAUCGAGGCCCUGAAGCCGUACUACCAGGGUCUGAUCGACAAGUACAUCCCUGGCAAGCUGCGCUGGUGAGAAGUCAGUCACAGAGAUACGGACUCCCUGGAACACACUCCUGCAGUGAAAGAAAUAUCUUCUCUACAAACUCUGCUUUUAGCAACAAUGAUGCAUUGUUGUAAAUGUCUCAGGUUAUCAGUAAUUACUUCCUCUGAAGUCUAAAAUAAUGAGUUACACAAAAAUCUCAUAU